CAAAGAAUGCACCCCGUCCCCGUAGCCGAACCCCAAGCACCCUGGAAUUAACAAAAACCAUAGUCGUCGCUUGUAGCCAAUUCGAAACGGUUGACCCUGUCUCCGAAGUCCCGACCGAGCAACGCCUUCAGGUUGUCCCACCUGUUUGCCAGCUGUUGACAAUUCCAGAAGGCGGCCUAACCGGUCGGAUAGAAGCUCCAAAAGGAAUGCCUGUUGGCAUUACGACGAUGACAAUAAUGCUGCCGAUGUCCAACCCCCCAUUGCAGCAGUCGAUCACCCUCUACAAUCCAAAUUCCCCCACUUCUUGAUAUUGCUCGGGCGUUUUAUUCGCCUGCCUUCUCAUAGGACCCAACUUGAAUAUCUGCUUGUUUCAGUCUUUCCGCGCGACGAUUUUACGGCCAGGAUGCCGGAAUCUCUACUCUGGAUCAACAAGGACAGCGCGUCAGCGGUUCUAUCGCGGAGCUCAAAGGCAGAGACCCGACAGAUUCGCAAACAUGUCCAGCACGAAAGACAACUCAGAGCCAAAGCCGCUCAUGAAGCGGCUGCUAAAUCUGCAUCAGCAACAGAGAAAACCCCUCAUAAACCCAAGAAAAAGGAUCAAUCCAACCCCGAAGAGGCACCGGUCGCCCUGAGACAACCAGAUCUUCGCUUGGAUACAAGUGUCCAGGUUCAGAGUCCUGACCAUCAGCGGUCACUUUUCUCGGCGUCUUUAUCUCCAACGAUCAGGUCUCCGACGACUCAUUCAAACCGCAUUUUGCAAGCCGUGAACACAUUGCCCGGGCUCGAACCCCAAGAACUGCGCAGCCUGGUUUUCUUCUGCCAGAGGACGGCACCGGAGUGGUCCGGCUGGAGAGACGCAACAUUCUGGAACAAACUUAUCCUUCAAGCUUGUCACAUGAACCGAUCUAUCCUCCACGGGGUAGUUGCUCUCGGUGCACUCCAUGAAUCGUCAGAGGUGGACGGAGAGUCGGACGAACGCUCGAAUCUGCAGGAAUUGGCUCUCCACCAGAGCAGCAAAGCUUCGCGAAUGGCGUAUGAAACCGCAAUGUCAGACAUCGCAACUCUGAUCUCCUGUGUCAUCUUCAUAUGUCUACAGAACCUGCAGGACAGCCACACUGCAUAUCAGCUGCUCAAAUCUGGAUAUAGCUUGAUUACAGAUAUUGAUGAAAGAUUAGGGUCGGGCGAUCUCAUCCUCUCGGACAGUGAGAAGACUGUGCUGAACAACUUCCUCCGCCCUAUCAUUGAGCGUCUGCGCAUGAGGUUCUGCAGCAUCGUUGACAUUCCUUCUGCUUUAGCCCUCAGUGCGGCAAUCAAACGGAGCAAGAUAGAGCAUCGCCUGAUGCUACCGGAUAUCCCUUACUGCUUUGGGAACCUCCUAGAGGCCCGGAACAAACUUGAAGAGAUUGUUGAUUGGGCGCAAGAAAAUAUUGACCCAUCUUUCGCACCCAGCGAGCAACGGUCACAGGCGCAGGCUUUGCUGGCAAGUUGGAACGCCGCUCUCGACGACACAAGGAUCACUGCACUCGAGCGUUAUGAGGCUUUGAUCACCUCAAAGAAGCUCCUCAGAGCUGCUGCACUGGUCGCUUCUAUCCUCCUAGAUACCCUUGGGACGAGCGAGGAGUGCAGCUAUGAUCGCUAUAUUGAUAAAUUCGCGGAGAUUUUGCACCUUUACAGAGAAGCAAUCGGCGACCAUGUUAGACCUCAUAGAAGGACCUCCUUCGGAAUCGACUCUGGUGUGAUUGAUACAUUGGCCUUUGUUGCUGGAAGAUGCCGAGACCCAGUUAUCCGAAGGUCUGCUAUCGAUUUGCUUGCCCAGACAAACAGAACUGAAGGUGAUCUGCAAGGCUGUACCGGUAGCACCAUUUUGCAGACACUCAUGGAACUCGAAGAGGAUGGUGUUGAUGCAACAGAGGCAAGCCAUGUUCCAGAAUCUCAAAGAUUACGGAUCUGGGAGGACCAUCAAUACUGGGAUACCGGCAAGAUUCACAUCUUCUUCGUCAAAUGGCCGUACGAUCCCUCUUUGGGUGCCGAAGUUAAGACGGCUUCUGUCUAUCUGCCCUUGAAGGCCCUGAGGACGGCAAAAGAGAAGGCGGCUCCCGGUAGUCCUACAGGACUGCCGAACGUCAAGUAUGGCCGGGGAGUCGGCGCAUUUUUGGAAGAAAGCACGCAAACCUAUCAUCAGAUCACACUGUCUUCCUUCUUCAUGCCAAUGCCAAGGCUGUGA